CUGGGUUUUCUAGUAAAGCUCAAAUCAAGCUCUGAUAACUCUUCUUUCCAAAACCUCACUAUCUGCUACUUCCAUUUCAGGUACUAUACUGUUGUGUGAGCCUUAAAACUUGCACUAGAGAGGAAGAGGUACCAAAAAACAAAGCCUUUAUUAUUCUGAAAUAUCUACCUAGAGAGGGUUAGAAAACUAGGAUUUUGUGAGGUGUUGGGAAAGAAAGAAAGGAAAAGAAAAAAAAACAAAGGUUUCUGAAAAGAACUAGUGUUAAGUUUCACAACAAAGGGGGGGCGAGAAAAAAUAAUAACAGAAACUAAGAAAGAGAAGCCAAGUUUAUUAGCUGGGCACUUGUUUGUUUGACAAGAAAGUUAGGGUGGGGGGAUAGGGGGGUGGGUUUUGGCCGAGUGAUGCGCUCAGGAGUUUGUGCACUACAACAGACCCUAACAGCGGAGGCUGCUUCAGUAUUGAAGCACUCUCUGGGGUUAGCCAAGAGGAGAGGCCAUGCCCAGGUCACUCCUCUUCAUGUGGCUGCCACUUUGCUCACCUCUAGAGCUAGUCUCUUGAGGAGGGCUUGUCUUAAAUCUCAUCAUCAUAACAAUCAAAACAUUCAUAACCAUCAUCAUCAGCCUCUUCAAUGCCGAGCUCUUGAGCUCUGCUUUAACGUGGCACUUAACCGACUUCCCACUACAGGAGGCCCUCUCCUCCAUUCUCACCACCAGCCAUCUCUCUCAAACGCCCUCAUAGCCGCUCUCAAGCGAGCUCAAGCUCACCAGAGGCGCGGCUCCAUCGAACAGCAACAACACCACCAACAAGCUCAACCUCUCUUAACAAUCAAAGUUGAGCUUGAACAGCUCAUCAUCUCCAUCUUGGACGAUCCCAGCGUUAGCCGGGUUAUGAGAGAGGCCGGCUUCUCUAGUACUGCUGUCAAGAACAACCUGGAGGAAGACUCUUCCACUUCCAUUAACAGCUCUGUUUUCCUCAGUUCCUCAUCAAGCUUUCUGCUACCAAAUUUCUGGCACAAUCAUUUGUUGCCAUAUUCUUCUGACCCAAACCCGCUCCUUUUUACGCCACCUAAAGGCGAAGAAGAACGAAAUUAUUCAAAAUUUAAGGACGAUAUCAUGGUUGUGUUUGAUGUUUUCUUGAGGAAGAAAAAAAAGAACACAGUGAUAGUUGGUGACUCAGUCUCUGUAACUGAAGGAUUAGUUUGCGAAUUGAUGGGAAGGUUCGAGAGAGGUGAGGUUCCGGAGGAGCUUAGGAGAACCCAUUUUGUCAAGUUCCAGUUCUCGCCGAUUUCUUUCAAGUUUAUGAAAAGAGAAGACGUGGAGAGGAAGCUUUUGGAGCUGAAGAGAAAGGUGGACUGUCUUGUGUCCGGAGGAGAAGGAGUUAUUAUAUAUACCGGAGACUUAAAGUGGACGAUUGUUGAGGACCAUGAUAAUCAAAAUCAGAGAUCAGAAGUUCGAGGAUUAGUGUCCAGUAGUUUUUAUAGUCCAUCUGAUCAUUUAGUUUCAGAGAUAUCAAGGUUAUUUGUGUCCAAGCCGAAGGUGUGGAUAGUAGCUACGGCGAGUUUUCAGACGUACAUGAAGUGUCAAAUGAGAGAAACUCCGCUUGAGAUUCAAUGGGCUCUUCAUGCUGUUAAUGUUCCAUCUGGCGGAAUCGGUUUGAGUCUCCAUGCAGCUUCUGCUACCAGUGUCCAUGACUCAAGGAUAAUGUUCUCUCAGAGCCCAGAAACCAAGCCAUUAUUGGGGUCCAAGGAUGAAAUAUUAUUGCAAGACCACAAACUCAAUUGCUGCUCCGAAUGUGCUUCACAUUGUGAAAAAGAAGCUCAGUUGCUCAAAUCAGGCCACCAGAAAUUGCCUGCUUGGCUGCAACCACAAUGUGGGACCCAAUUCCCUCAAAAGGAUGAAUUGGCAGAGUUGAGGAGAAAAUGGAGCAGAUUAUGCCAUAGUCUACACCAAGGAAAGCAUAAUCAAAUUCAAUAUUUCAACUUUCCAUUGCAAAGUAAUAACAAUAACAACAAUAAUAAUAAUCAAAUUACCUUAUUUGGAAAUAAGAGUACAAGUUAUCAUGACUCUUACUCUUAUACUUCAUCCUACCCUUGGUGGCCAGCCCAGACCAACAUCUUCCAAGACUCAAACUCAAUCUCCUUUGCUGAUCCGGCUUCAGAGCACAGUCCCGGUUUAGAGCAGGGCCGGUUCGAACGACAGCAUUCUUGUACAAUCGAGUUCAAUUUCGACGGUGAAGAAACCGGAAAGCAGCAAUUACAUCAUCAAGAAAUUGAACCAAGCUUGAAUUCCCUGAGAAGUAGUAGGCAAGGUAAAGAGGUGAAGAUCAGCCUUGCUCUUGGCAUUUCCACCUACUCUGAUUCCGGCAAAGUUGUGGACCGGAAAAUGGAAAGAAGUAGCUGGCAGAGAACUGAAAUGUGUAAAAUGUUGAAAGAGAAUGUACCUUGGCAAUCAGAAAUCAUUCCUUCGGUCGUAGAAGCGAUGAUCGUUUCAGAAUCAACCAAGGAACCGGAGACUUGUUGGCUGCUGAUUCCGGGGACUGACUCGAUUGGAAAGAAAAGAUUGGCUCGCGCCGUUGCAGAAUUGGUUCUUGGAUCUUCUGACUUACUUCUCCAAUUGAACAACCACCAAACGAAUGGGAAAAUGAAACCGGAACCCGAUCAAUUAGUCCUUUCAAUGGCCAUGAAAACUCACAAGAAACUCGUGGUGUUUGUGGAAGAUAUCGAAUCGGCUGAUUCCCAGUUGAUGAAUUUCCUAGCUGAAGGUUUCGAGACAGGAAAAUUUGGAGAAGCGAAUUGCAUUCAAGCAAUUUUCAUUCUGAGUAAAAGAGACUCAUCUAACGUUCAUGAAAACGACAACAAGGGUUCAGCCGUGAUCCAGAUGACAUUCAAUGUCACUGAAACGACAAUGUCAGCAGGUACCGGUUUUAACACGCUCAAAUUCGAUGGCAAACGAAAGGCCAUCGAAUGGGACCUCCCCAACAAGGAGUUUGCCACAAAGAACCCACGAAUGGAAAAGAAAGAGAAUCAACUUUCGAGGCAGUCGAGCUUCAACACUGAUCUGGACCUCAACGUUAAGGCAGACGACGACGACGGAGGCAGUGAUUUGACUCGAGAAAUGGCCGCAGCCGCAGGUACCGAAUUCAGAAACCCGAUAGGAUUCUUGGAAUCCAUCGAGAACGUGUUCGUUUUCAAUCGAAGCCCGGCGAGGGAUCGAGAGAUGAAGGAGCUUUUCCAGUCGAAGAUGGAAGAGAGCUUCAGCGAGAUUUGUGGGAAACAAAAUGUGCUGUUGCUAAGGACUAGUUUAAGUGUAGAAGAGAGAGUGUUAGAGGAGGUUUGUUAUGGGUCGGGUUGUUUUUCUAAUUGUUUGUUUGAGAAAUGGGUUAAGGAUGUUUUUCAAACGGCUUUGAAAACGGUUAGAUUUAGCGGGAAAGGAAAGGAUAGUGGUAGUGGUAGUGGUGGUGGCGGUGGCGGUGGUGGGGUUGUAAGGCUUUGUUUGGGUGGCAAAGAAGAAGGUAUUUUGGAGGAUGGGUAUAUGGGUUCAUGUCUUCCAACCAAAAUCCAAGUUUCGUACAAGGACUAAGAAUGUGGCCAUGCAUCGUGCACCGCUUAAAACUGGCCACAUUUAGUUUGUCCUUGUGUAACUCUCUGCUAGUUUUCUUAAUAGGAUGUGGGUUUUUUUUUUAAUCACCGCAAUUUAACACCCUUUCGACAAUUCUGACCCAAAAAAUAUGACAAUAGCUAGAAAAGGUACGUCAAUUGAGGUUUAAGCUCAAUUAUGUGGAACAAUAAUAAAACGUUGUAGAGGUCUAGGGACUAACCCCAUUAUUAUUCUGAGUAAUCUAUAAAUAUAAUUUCUUUUUCUUUUUCUUUAUUCAACAUUUCUAAAAAUAUAUAUUUUUAUUCUAUUAUUCUAUUUUAUUUUAUUUUAAUUUCAAAA